AUGAUCAACGAUCCGCCGUCCUUCACCCAUCACCACCGCACCCGACCUUCCAUCGCGAACCCUAGCUCUCGAACCUCUCAGUCUGGCUCGGCAUUCGCAGCUCCGUUCCUCCUCAAUGCUCGUAGCGCCAUCACAGCUGCCAUAGCCGCAGCCGCCGCAGGAUCCGGGCGGAUCGCGCAAUGCCAACCCGCUGUUGCUGCGCCGGCUGCGCCGGCGGCGGCGGCGGCGGUUGCGGCGGCAGCGGCGGCUCCGUCAGCAGCUGCAGCGGCUGCAGCGGCAGCAGUCGCGGCGGAAAUCCAUCCGUCCGUUCACGAGCCGCCGCCGUCGUCGACGAUCGGAUUCGCGGAGGAGCUCGUUCCGCCCGUGCCUCCCGCCGGAGGUCCCGGCGCGGGGGAAGGCGGAGCCGGCGCAGCGGAGAAAGUGGAGCCGCGAUUGACGGUGGCGUCGAUCACGAAAUCGCUGAUCGCCGGAGGCGUCGCAGGAGGAGUACAUGCUCUCCCCUCGCUCAAUUCCUCCCUCCCUUUCUCAACACCACAGGUGCAGAGCGCGCAGCACGCACAGUACAGCGGAACGUGGCAGGGACUGAAGACCAUCUGGCGGGAGGAGGGCAUCAAUCCGAGGGCUGUUCAGCAGCAGCCAUAUCAACAUGUAUUCCCCGAUGCGCCCCUCCUCUCUACACCACAGGUUCAGAACGCGCAGCACGCACACUACAGCGGCACAUGGCAGGGGCUGAAGACCAUCUGGCGGGAGGAGGGCAUCGGAAGGCCGGUGCAGAACGCGCAGCACGCACACUACAGUGGCACGUGGCAGGGGCUCAAGACCAUCUGGCGGGAGGAGGGCAUCCGAGGGCUCUUCCGCGGCAACGGCACCAACUGCGCUCGCAUUGUGCCCAACUCCGCCGUCAAGUUCUUUGCUUAUGAGGAGGCCGCACAUGGUCUUCUCUGGUUGGCCCAGCAGCAGUCUAACGAUCCCAACCUGGAGCUCACACGUGUGCUGCAGAGCGGCUGGGAGCAGUCCUACCUUGAGCUGACACCAGUGCUGCGGCUGGGAGCAGGGGCGACGGCAGGCAUCAUUGCCAUGUCCGCCACAUACCCCAUGGACAUGGUUCGAGGGCGCCUCACCGUGCAGGUGGGUGGGGCAGGGGUGAUAGGUGGGUGGGAUGGGUUGGAUGCUUCUGUCAUGUGUGGCCAUGUGCGGGCUUGUUGCAUCAUCGCCAUGUCUGCCACAUACCCCAUGGACAUGGUUCGAGGGCGCCUCACCGUGCAGUCCGGCAGGAAGGGGGAGCAGCGCUACAAGGGCAUGCGUCAUGCAGCGGUGACUAUAGUGAAGGAGGAGGGCGUUCGCGCCCUCUAUAGGGGCUGGUUGCCGUCCGUCAUCGGUGUGGUCCCCUACGUGGGGCUCAACUUUGCAGUUUACGAAACCCUCAAGGACCAGCUGGGAAGAAUGUACGCGGCACAGCACCCCCGACAACCCCGAGAUCGGGGAGCUGUCAGUCCUCACAAAACUCGCGUGCGGGGCUGUGGCGGGCACUCUGGGGCAGACAGUCGCCUACCCCCUGGAUGUGAUUCGAAGGAGGCUGCAGAUGGUGGGUUGGCGGGACGCGGCGAGUGUGGUGAGGGCGGAUGGUACGGUGGCUGCGGCGCCGCAGUACACGGGCAUGGUGGAUGCUUUCCGGAAGACCGUGCAGAUGGAGGGGGUGCGGGCGCUCUACAAGGGACUCGUGCCCAAUUCUGUCAAGGUGAGAUUGGCUCUUGCUGGUUCGGAGGGAAUCCGAGUGAAUCUGAGGGCAAGCAGGGAAGGCAGUGCACCGCAGGUAAGCAGGAAACAGGGAGUGCAGUGGGUGUGGUGAGGGCGGAUGGUACGGUGGCAGCGGCACCGCAGUACACGGGCAUGGUGGAUGCUUUCAGGAAGAUUGUGCAGAUGGAAGGGGGUAAAGGCGCUUUACAAGGGACUCGUUCCCAACUCUGUCAAGGGCAAGCAGGGAGCAGGCAGGGCACUGCAGUGGGUGUGGUGAGGGUGGACGGCACGGUGGCAGCGGCACCGCAGUACACGGGCAUGGUGGAUGCUUUCCGGAAGACCGUGCAGAUGGAGGGUGUGCGGGCGCUAAGGGGCUCGUGCCCAACUCUGUCAAGACACGAUGCGGAGCCAUCAGCCAUCAGCCAUCAGCCGCUGUUCCCCGUCGCUGUCGCUGUUGUCGGCAGAGUGGUGCCAUCCAUUGCCAUUGCGUUUGUCACGUACGAGGUCAUGAGAGAUCUUCUCCACGUGGAAAUCCGCAUCUCUGACUGA